UCUACAAAUUACACAUAUCAUGCAUAUUCAAUUUUCACAUAAUGGGAGCAAGAAAAAUGUCUCUGUAUUAUGAAAGGCAGACUCUGCUCGGUAAAAUAAGAUAGUUCCACCCUGUAGGUCGCACGCUACCAUACUUUCAAUUUCGGACUCCGAGUUCCAAGCCCCCAACGGCGAUUCCCAUUUGGCACCCGCCUUGGCUCCCCGAUUGGAUUGGUCGCUACCCAACAACAAAUUGUUUCAAUGCCAAUUCCCUAACUCCUCCUUUCUAGCCGUCACUUCCUUUUUCCGUAAUUUUCACAAACACCUUACCUAAUAUUAGAUUCAAAAUCCCAAUUAGAAAAAGGGAAAAACCAACAGCAUGCUUCGAAGGUCAAUUUUGGAAUUAUCACGUCACCGAGGGUCUCCUCGGAAAAUACCAAGGCAGAUUAUAUCCCAGUGUUCAUCACCGUUUCUUUAUUCGAGAAAGCAAUUUUCGACCUCUCCUGGAGAAAAUCCUACUCCAAAACCUGGUUCAUCUGGUGGUCCGCCUGAAUCAAAUAGUGGGUUUUCAAGAGUUGUCCUUGGCAGUGCUGUUAUUGUUGGUGCUGCGUUGGUUGCUUACCAAGCUGGAUACUUAGAUCAAUAUUUUGGUCAAGUGCCCAAUGAUUCUGUUGAUUCAGCGAAAAUUGGUUUUGAUGGUAAAGAUGAAAAUGAUGUGCAAGUUGUUACUUCUCACGAUGAAGAAAUUAAAGCACAAUCUAAUUUAGACUUGCACGAGCAAGAAGAUGCAACGCGUAUCAGUCUUCCUCCUCAGCUUGAAACCUCGAGUGAAACCCCUAGUGUAAACCACCCUAAUGUGGAAGUUAAGGUGGAAGUUAAGUCGAAUGACUCGAAUGAAACACUUGGAAAUAGCUCAACGUCAGGACCAGAAAAGCCGUUGCCAGAAUAUUCUCAGAGCAGCUUGCCAUCUGCUGAUCACAGUGCAGAUGCUGCUGUAUCCGCUGAGGGGAAUGUUGAAAAGGCUGGGUCUGAAACUGCACCAAUACCAAACAAGGAAAUUCGCGAUAUUCAAUUGGAUACCCAAUCAAGUGCAUCCCUUGGGGAAAAGGGGACAAAAGCUGUAGAACCUCAUUCUCAUGCUACCGAAGACAGACCGCAGGCUAAACCAACUGAAGAUAAAGGAGCUCCAAGUUCUCUUCUUGAUGCCUAUCACCUUAGGGACAAGGCAGAUGAAAGCUAUUUAUCUUCUCUAAAUAGAAAAUAUGAGCAGCUUUCUAAAGAAACAGAGGGUUUUGGUACAGCAGUUGAGGAACUAAAUGAGGGAUAUUUAUCGAAGGAUGGAAAAUUAAUUCUCGGUUUCCUCCAAGCCAUUCAUGCUGCCGAAAAAUGGCAAGCUGAGCUGGAUGCACAUGCUUUUGCUCAAGAAAAAGAAGUAUUGAAGGAGAAAUAUGAAAAGGAAUUAAGGAAUUCAAGAGCUAGGGAACUAAUGCGUACAGAAGAGGCAGCCAUAUUGGAUAAGGAAUUAAAGAGAGAAAGAACAAAGGCAGCAGCUGCUCUAAAAUCACUUCAAGAAAAAAUGGAAGAGCAGCUGAGGAUGGAACUUGAAGAAAAGGAAAGGGAAGCUGAACUGAAGUUACAAAAAGCUCAGGAGCUUGGAAAAGCAGAACUAGCUGCAGCAAUUGCAAACGAGAAAGCAGCACAGAUUGAAAAAUUGGCAGAAGCAAAUCUUAAUAUAAAUGCCUUAUGUAUGGCAUUUUAUGCACGAUCUGAAGAGGCGCACAAAAGUCAUUCUGUUCACAAGCUUGCUCUGGGAGCACUUGCACUAGAGGAUGCACUUUCUAAAGGAUUACCAAUCCAAAAAGAAAUAGAUGCUCUGCGCACCUACCUUGAAGGUACUGAAAAGGAUUCAGUGUUGGAUUUGGUGCUUUCGUCUCUUCCAGAAGAAACACGGUACCAUGGUACCCACACUGUACUACAGUUGAAUCAAAAGUUCAAUGCAUUGAAAGGGACCCUAAGGCACUUCAGCCUAAUUCCACCAGGUGGUGGUGGCAUCUUGACACAUUGUUUAGCACAUAUUGCAUCCUGGUUAAAGGUGAAGGAAGUCGACCAAUCUGGUGAAGGGAUUGAGUCUUUAAUCGGUAGAGUUGACAAAUACUUGGCUGAAGGAAAGCUCGCUGAAGCGGCAACCGUCCUUGAGCAAGGUGUCAAAGGUAGCCAAGCAGAGGAGAUUGUCAAUGAUUGGGUGAAGCAAGCGAGGAAUAGAGCCAUCACUGAGCAAGCUUUAACUGCACUCCAAUCAUAUGCUACUUGCAUUAGUCUUACCUAAUCUCCAGUCCUCAACACAUGGCUCAAACAAUAUCUUGGGUUUGGAAUUUACAAAUCUCACAAUGCAUAUUAUUUUUCUUAAAAAUUGUGUAGAUUGUCCGUGGCCCUCUAAAUAAAAAAUUUUGGCUGUCUUUACCGAGAAAGGUCCAUAUUUUUUCAUCUCUUCAUAGAUACUGUUAGUAGGCCUUUGUGGUGGAAUGUUGAAAUAAACUAUAGGAUUAUUGGGAGCAAGAGGGUCAAUAUAGAGUGAAUUUCUUGAUAUCUUUUGAAGAUAUUGCAACAUGUAUGGUUGAUGAUGUAUCAUUUUCUUGAAAUAUUUUUCUCAACUAUUUCUAGUUUUAAUCAGAAUUUUCUUAUUUGCAGCUCAGUUGACAUAAAUAAA